CCAGUGCCGAAUUUGCAUGCAUCAUACAGCGGAAAGUGUCCGCUUCCACACGUCGAUGCUCGGUGCUCGGUGCUCGGGUGAAUAGCUAAGCACACGAGGAGACUUUCUCAUCGCAGCCUGUCUCGUAAAGCUUCCCACAAAUAUCACCAUCUGGCGGGACAGCCAUGAACAGUGUAGCCUCCAAGCGUCUCUUCCAAGAGUACAAGCAUCUCACAACGGAUCCACCGGACGGCAUCACUGCCGGACCGGUCAACGAAGAUGACCUUUUCAUCUGGGAAGCGCUCAUACAAGGACCCGAGGGGACACCAUACGAAGGCGGCAUCUUUCCAGCCGAGCUCAAGUUCCCCAAGGAUUAUCCGCUUAUGCCGCCUACGAUGAAGUUCACGUGCGAUAUCUGGCAUCCGAAUGUAUAUCCGAAUGGUGUGGUUUGUAUAAGCAUCCUACAUCCGCCGGGCGAUGAUCCGAACCACUACGAACAAGCUUCCGAGCGAUGGAGUCCGAUCCAAAGCGUAGAGAAGAUCUUGAUCAGUGUCAUGAGCAUGAUUGCUGAGCCAAAUGACGAGAGCCCGGCGAAUGUGGAUGCGGCAAGGAUGUGGAGGGAGCGGAGGCAGGAGUUCGAAAGGAGGGUUAAGGCGGAUGUCAGAAGGAGUUUGGGGUUGUGAUCGUGACGGAGAAGCACUUUGUCACGACAUUCAAUGCUGGAUUAGCAGGGCGCUUGGGAUUUGGCACGGACAAACCGUGUUGGCUUGAUACGACUGUACCUGAGAAGGUGGGGAAGAACAGUGGCUGCCAUACUGUCACCUUCUUAACGCUUCAGUGAGCAUCGAAGCCGACAUGCAAGCUCUGGUGUCUCUCAUCAGCAG